UCUCACGGUUUCCUUCAGUGGAAGGGGAAAAUGGGGUGAAUUGUUAGCUAUAUAAAUGUAUAACCUAAAAUGGAGGCUUGUUUUAUAAGUUUUAAUAGCCUGUUUAUUUAACUCCCGCCCCUAAAACACGCCACCAGUAGGGUAGAAGGUCUAACCCACAGUCAGUCCAGUCUCCAGUCACAGCAGAGAGAGAGAGAAAGAGAGAGAAUCCUGUCAGCCAGCGUUUGUUUUACUCAAAUUAACCAUGGUGAAGCAACUCUAAAGCAUCAUUGGAGCCUCACAGAAGUUAAAACUCCCGUUUGAAGUCGCGAAAAAAAGGUAAAAGAAGUCCAAAUUUUGUCAGAAUGGUCGUGUUGCAACAUGUUUCUCCUCCAAGAGAAGGAGUGAGACAUGAGGAAGUGGACAUCACUGCCGUCCUGGACGGGAAAAGACUUGGGGCAGGAACUCUUUGCGUUGCAGAAAGUCGUGUAUCCUGGAUCGAUGGAUCUGGAUUAGGAUUUUCUCUAGAUUAUCCCUCCAUCAGCCUCCAUGCCAUCUCCCGUGACCUGAGCGCGUAUCCUGCAGAGCAUCUGUAUGUUCAGGUCAACUCCAGGCAUCAAGAAGAUUCCAAGGACGAUGACGUGAAAGACGAAGCAGAUGGCAGUAGUGAAGACGAUGUUGAUGAUGACGACGACGUCUCCACAGGCGCGUUCACGGAGAUCCGCUUUGUUCCAAAUGAUAAAGAAUCUUUGGAGAAGAUGUUUGUAGCCAUGUCCGAGUGCCAAGCCCUGCAUCCUGAUCCAGACGGCUCCGAUUCUGAUUUUGAUGGUGACGAGUAUGAUGUCGAAGAGGCCGAGCAAGGCCAGAUUGAUCUACCCACGUAUUACUCAUUUGAGGAGGGCCUGUCUCAGCUGACCAUGGAAGGCCAGGCCACAUUGGAGAGGGCAGAAGGGAUGUUGGGUCAGUCCUCGGACCCACAACGCUGCAUGGCUGGAGUCAGGACUGAGGAUGCAGCAGCUACAGUCGAUGGUGAUGCAAAGACUGACUCGGGUGCUCUUCGAGUCUCCGGGCAGUUUGACGACGCUGACGUUGACCACUGAAAAGAUCUGGAACCAGAGAGGCCCGCAAUAUUCUCCUGAUGAUGUAGCCCUGGAAUGAUGUCAUGUUUAAAAUGCUAGGAUGAAAACCUUUGCACUCGACUGUCAAAAACCAAAGCCUUUAAGUACAAAUCCAGUGUGCUAGGCUACUGAGCCAAGCUAAGAAAUCAUUGCUGUAAAGUUCAUUGCAUCCAGUUCUGUAUAUUCAUUCCAAGUGCACAUGUGAUUGUCAGUGCCACAGCUCAUGGAGCCAGUUCCUAAUCAGCUGUGUCGACUCUGUUGCCGUCCUGCAGACGGAACAGAGGGCCUCUUGUUUUCUCUCGGCAGAAGCACUUGAAACGGAGCCGGAACGGGCUAGCAGGGGGAGACACUGAAUUGUGCAACGGAAGCCAAAGCACUAGGCCUGAUGAAUGUGCAACGAAUUAGUGAUUUAACAAUUACUGGCUCACACCAGCCUUCCUUUUUGUGCUGACCAGUCGUACUGUCAAACCAUCUUUUGUAUUGACCUUUUGUUUACUGACAAGGACCAGUGUGUAGUAAUAUUUGCUUUUCAGUAACACAUUAAAUAAAGCUAAAUGUAAUUUGC